AUGCCGCACCUUGGACGACAAAUGGAUGUGCGCAGGAAUGCCCGGGCAGAGGUACGCAUCUGGAUACUACCACACCCUCACCACAUUCUCGGCGAACACGGCCACGGCCGAGUGACGGCCGCAGCGCCAGAAGACCGCGUCGGCGCCAUGUGGAGCGUCAUCCUGUCGGCGAGCUUCCCCGUGAGGCGAUUUGCAAUCGAAGCCCAGUCCCGGAACCAGAAGGGCUACACGGAUUUCACGGUAGCAAAGUGGACCCGACGGAACGGCCAGUCCGUCCGCACUCUGUUUCUGGUCGUCGAAACGAAGCGCGCCCCCCGACGCGGCCGAAUGCCCUGGGCAUCUGCGAAACGCCAGAUGGAGGGGUACCUGCGUGGUUACGCACGCGAAGCAGCAGCAGGCAACAUUGGGCCAGUCAAUCUCUUCGGGAGGUUGCCAUCGGCACCAGAGUCAAGUUUUAUACAACCAGAACAACGGGACGCUGAGCCCUAUAUCUCCCCGGCCCGGCCCUGGCCGAACCGCAACAGCAGGCAGGCUGGGCGAGUCAACCUCUUGCGGUAG